AUGAAGCCGGUGGUGGACGAGAUGUUUCCUGAGAGCGCCGGGCCCUAUGUGGACCUGGACGAGGCCGGAGGCAGCACCGGGCUUCUGAUGGACUUGGCAGCCAAUGAAAAGGCAGUUCACUCGGACUUCUUUAAUGAUUUUGAAGAUCUCUUUGAUGAUGAUGACAUCCAGUGA